CCUUAUUGAAGUGCGAGCCACAAACUCCUUUCUUUCCCUUUCUUCUUUUCAAAGAAACAUCCGUUCUCACACACACAUACAUGCUCAAUCAGAAAAUGUAAAACAAGGCUUGAAUAUUCCACAAAGGGAAUGUGCAACUUUAAACUUUGUUUUUGUUCCCGAUCAUGACUCAAAAGACUCAAAGAGACUCAAAGUAUAUAUAUGAUUAAGGUUCACAACAAAAGAAACAUCCGUUCCCCCUCUCUUUUUUUGGUUCCUUGAUCAGGGUUAUCAAUUCAUCAUUGGUAUAUAAGAUCGAUCGUCUUUGUUCGCUUUUUCUCUUCCCCUCGAUCAUUAAAUCAACUUCAAUUACCAGUUGGACACCUUUAAACCGAAUUGCUAUAAAUUACACCUUUACUUCACCCCCACACAAAGAUGGCACAACCAACAACCCAAACACCAUCAAGGGCACAACAUUUGAUCGAAUUACAGAGAAACAGAGAAGAAUAUCAAAGACAACUUGACAGACAAGCAGAACGUCCAUCACAGCGAAGGCGACAUAAUCCAACAACAACGACGACGAUGAGUAGAACGGAUACGAUUGAUUAUGAUGAAAUUCGUCGUCAUUUUGAAAGACGGGAAAGGGAAGAAGCUUUCAAUCGUGCAAGAAGGGAAGCAAAUGAUGCACUUUUACAACAAGAACAAUUGAUGGAACAACGCGCUCAAGCACUUUCUCAAGCUCAAGCAAGGGCUGAUUCUUUCAGUCGUCGUGCAACGAGAAGUAUGCAACAGGUUCCACAAAAUCCAGCUCAAUCUCAACAUCGUGUUUAUUUGAUCAAUUGUAAAAGUUGCGGAACCUUUUUGACGGAUCGUGGAAUGAAGGCGGUUUUGUUAUUGCGCCCACAUAUCACUUUAUAUUCAACCGAUGCUAUGCCAAAUUGCGGUGCCUUGCAUGCUCCUUCCCGCUUGGCAGAACCUUCUGCGCCUCAUGAACCGGUUGUUGAACGUACGUGUGAUUGUCUUACCCAAAGUUUGGGCUGUUACGGUUGCGGGAAUGCGGUUGGUUAUCACAUCGUAUCACCAUGUCAAAGAUGCACAAACAGUGUUGCAAAACAUCAAAGAAGUUCUAACGGUCAUCGAACCGUCUUGCAUUGCGCAGAAAUUGCAGUACGCGAAAGAAGAUACGUUCCCGGAGAACCAGGCGUAAUGACCGCACCUUAUCUUCCACCUUUCCCACAAAUGCUCACUUAUAGUCAAGCAUACCCAAGCAGCAGAUAUGCCAACGCAAAUCGUCAAAACGAAGACGAGGAGGAGGAAGACGAUGAUUUGGAUGAAGACGAAGAUGAUGAUGAAUUCGAAGAUGAAGAAGAGAAAGCAUAUCGCAAUGAUCCAUUCAUCUAUGCUCACCCGCCAAGCAAAUAUCGUAACCUCAAACGAGGAGAUGUUUUAUUUUGGUCAGAUUUAGCAGCCGGAGGUGAACGUUCACCACCCAUUGAUUCUGAUGAUCAUCUCAGUUUACCACCAGCAGGCCGUUGAUCGGUCUGUCGAACUUUGCACGAAGCGCCGCCUCCAACCCAAACCCAAAUCCAAAUCCAAAUCCAUACCCACCUUUGUUAACUGUUUCUUACCCCAUACCAUUUGUACUUUUUAUCCCUACAUGCAUUUGCCCCGGAAACAAACAAACACAUACAGAAUCGUUUAAUUGACACAACGAAUCGGUUUUCUCAUAUCCUUACACAUAUACUCUAUAACAUACCAUACGUUUUCUCAUGAUUUGCUUGAAAUGUUUUAUUUAUUAUUAUACUGUACAA